AUGUCAGGUCGAAUCAAUCCGAUGGCUCUUCGCUUAGGCUUGUUUUUGGCUCUACCAUGUAUAACUGAUAUCGAGUCUUUUAUGGAUGAAGAAAGGAAUUAUGACGGGCAUAUAGCUGGGUCGCUACACUAUGCGAGUGGCUCGUUUGAUGACAGGAUCUCUCAUCUUGUUCAAAAUGUCAAGGACAAAGACACACUUGUCUUCCAUUGUGCUUUGAGCCAGGUUCGUGGCCCAACUUGUGCAAGAAGACUCGUGAACUAUCUCGAUGAGAAGAAGCAAGAUACGGGAAUAAAGAACAUCAUGAUCUUGGAACGCGGCUUCAAUGGCUGGGAAGCUGCUGGAAAACCGACGUUCCAUGCAAAGGCGAUUGCGCCUAAAGCCCUACUGAACCACUCGAACCUAAUUGGUCUCCACAUUGUCAUGGCCUUUUCGGAUAUUAUUAUCUGUUUGUUGGCCGUCAAAGCCACGUUUAUUUCUAUAACGGCGUCACUUUUUAAGUUGAACACUCCGUUAAAGGAACGAACGUUUGUCUCCCAACACCUUCUGGCUUCCUCAGAGAGUUUGCUUUAUUUAAAAGACAUAAAGCGAAGCGACGACUUGAGAAAGUACAUAUCCAGAUGUCCUAUUGAUCUCUGCAAUUAUUCAUCUUCUGUCGAAAUUCCCAAUUCCUUAGAACAGAACCCUAAUUUCAAUAUGGUUUGCAUUAUGUGUUUGGUGCCGCUGUUCCUCGUCCCGCUCGUCAAUUUAAUGCCUCGGAUCAUCGAUUUCUUAAUGAAGAAAGGCAUACAUGAAGAUGAAAUUAGAUCACGACUUGUGCUUGUGAAAGAGGCCAAAGUGUACGCGUGGCUCGGAUGGGAGUACAGGAAGCCAGCGAGAGUUCCCCCAGCUUGUCCUUUCAAGCCAAUUGCUAAAAACGACAACGCCACCAAACUGGCUGGGGAAACUGGAACUGAAGGUACAGAGACAAUGGCUAAACCUGUCGUUGCGGAGGAGACGAGUGGGGUUAAGCAGGAUUGAAGCCGAGUCCUCCUUUAAUCAAAGCUUUUGAUGUUUUGUGGAUAUGUUUUGGAGACAAGAACCUUACGAAAUUACCUGGUGUGAUAAUAAUGUACGUUAAAAGUUUAUGGUAAUUUUUCGGCUGAAAAUGUAACAGAUCAUUUCUUUUACAUGUGGGAAACUCCCCAUUCCCCAGCAAAAUUCGGAUCACUCUAACUGUAUUAUUAGUUAUAUUGUAAGUUAAAUUGAGUUUUAAGUAUAGCUCUAGAAACACCUAAGUUAAGAGUUAAUGAC